CUCCGGGCUGAUUGACAGAGGCGUGGGAGUGGCCAGCAGCAGUGUUAGGUUUUAAAUCCACACGUGGGCUGGCUCUGGGGUUUGUUUAGCACAAGACCUGCGAAACUUUCUGCCCCAAACUCAUGCCACUACUACCCACGUCUAUCACUGCGGGGGCAGACGUGACCGGGACGAAGCUUUUUGAUAAGUCAGCCAACAUGCCUUCUUACCCCCUCAGCCAGUUUUCGGACCUGGAAGAGAUGAUGUGCAAGCAGUUAUUGAAUCUCGACUUGACGGAGCAGAGCAGACCGCUACCAUCCCUCAGUCUGGCGAUGAGAACACCAGGUUACAUCGGUCAGCCGCGAAGCAACUCAUCGUUUUCCCUCUCGUCUCUCUCCUGCCUCGCAGCUGAUCCUCCAGACAGUGUAUUUCUGACCUCUAGCCAAUGGGGGCAGCAGUCAGAAAGCCCUCUGCCCUCCCAGCUUGCUAAUCCCACCCAAUGGGGAAAGUCGGGCUUCCUUGGCCAACGUUCCAUCAGCAUGGUAGAGACCAGCAGUGCCACAGCAGCAAAUCUAGAAUGGCCCGGGACUGACAUGAAGCACUCCCAAAGUGACCUCAGCCCCACCGCACUAAACACUAGCUCCUCCUCGUCCAGCUCGUCGCGCUAUAAGACUGAACUGUGUCGAUCUUUCACUGAGAGCGGCCUCUGCAAAUAUGGCGGGAAGUGCCAGUUUGCACACGGGGCCGAAGAGCUGCGGGAUCUCAGCAGACAUCCGAAAUACAAAACCGAGCCGUGCCGUACGUUUCACACCAUCGGCUUCUGUCCAUAUGGGAUCAGGUGCCACUUUGUGCACAACAACGAGGAGGAGAAGAAACACUCCAUCUCUCGUUCCUCCUCCUCAUCUUCCUCCUCCUCCUCAAGCAUUCCCCAGCAGCCGCCCGUCUUCUCCCGCUCGCACAGACCACCACUUGUCAGACAAAGCUUCAGCUUUGCUGGGUUUCCCUCUGCCCCUCAGCAGCCUGCUGCUCCUGCUCUUCCUGCCACUGCUUCUUUCACACGAGCUCCAUCGGCCUCCCCUCCUUCUUGCGCCGACAUUACCGACCUCCUUUCUCAUGCCUUCCUGGAGAUGGACUCUGCCUUCGAGGCGUCCCCUGCCCAGUACCAGCCCCCCAUCGGCCAGGCCACCACAGCCGAUCCCCGCUCUCCAUUCCUGCCUUCCCCAGACUCCGGCUGCUCCCCAUGUGGGCGUUCUCCAACUGCCUCCCCUUCCCUGAGGCAGAGUCCCGGCGCUUCUGGAGUCUUUUCAGGGCCACUUGGUGCCCGAUCUCUGUCCUACACCUCCCUGUCAGACCAGGACCAGGAUGGAAGCAGCUCUGCGAGCUCGCUCAGCGGCUCUGAAUGCUGCGGGGGCAUCAACGACGCCAACGGCAGACGUCUGGCGGUGUUCAGUCAGCUCUCUGUUCCUGAGGAUGCUACUGGGUUCUGCCUUUAGGCUACACGAACAUACACAUUCAGACACAGACAUGCAGACCCCGAAUACUCUGCUGAGACACAGUAUAUGCAGUACAUACAUAUCCACGCGCGAGCACACACUUGACCCCUAUAAAUGCACAUGUACCACACACAGCCACUGGACUGAGACCUCAGACAUUCCUUGCACCCGUGUGGCAUCAAAGGAAACAAAGACUCAACUUACUGACGCUCAGAGAUUCACUUGUUAGCUUUAUGUCACUGAAAAUAUAAAGUAUGUUGCUGCCGUAACAGAGUACAUAUCAAGAGUUUAACCGUGCUGCAAGCGUUUGAUGCUUUAUCACAAAUAGUAUGCUGAAACGGCAAACUGCGACGAAGAUAUUGUAAUCACAGUGUGACCGGCCGAGCAGUGCCACCUGUUGUUGAGUCUAACCGCAGCGUUUUAUUAUUUUUCCAACAUCUUCCAAGCGAUCUAAAGAAUGUGACGAAGCCAAAGACGUCUGUUUUGUAGCCCAAACGUUUUGAUUACGGCGGCACAGGCACACACUGUGACUUGACUUAUUGUUUCUCCAUUAACUGUACACAGUAUUGUGUUUAUAAGCUGGUGAGAUUGUUUUGUUUUUUUUUGUCCCCCUCAUAACUGUACUGUCUGAAGUUAUGUUUAGAUCACUGGCCUUGAAGCUGAAUGUUACGUUUUUUUUAAACAACUAAAGUGCCUGCAGUGUUAUUUAAACAGGCCGUGUUACAGUGUUGAAAUGAAAUUUGCUGGUUUGUUUGGAGAGAUGUGAGGAAGGGUGGGAGUCCUUUUUUUUUUUUUCCCCUCCCCCCAUCAAGUAAGCUAGUGUGAGUACAGUUCUCUCUGUUAGUAAGACAACUACAAAUGCCGUGAGUAAAACACCAAAUGACCAAAUUUAAGGUGGAGGAACAUGGCUUGAACUUAACAAAAUCUCAACAAACCAAAAAAAAGAAAGAAAGAAAGAAAAGCCAAAUGUGUUCAAUCAUUCUUUUUCAAAUCUUUUGUUCACAACAUAUCUGGAACAUUGGGAUUUUCAUCACCACCACAAAUCCAAUAGUGAGAAUCAAAGAUGGACCAAAGUGAGAUGAGAUCACUCUGCAUCUUAUUUUGUGUAAACGUGAGCAUGGCUUGAGUUUAAUCAAGUCUUGUCCGACAUUUUUUUUUUGUGAAAGACCUGUUUUACCUCCGGCGUGUUUCCUAAAAUCUUUGUGCUGCUAACGUGUAUUUUAGAUGAUCUUAUACAUUCCCAGUAGCGGGUUUUUUCCCCCUCUCCCAUGUCCACAGGCAGCACUGGCGUUAGGUUUUUUGAUAAAUAUUCAUGUUUUUGUGACUCACCCCCCACUCACCACAUUUCAUCUCUCCUUCUCAUUCAGUAUUAAUUCUUCCUGUUAUGACUUUAUACUGUUAUGAAUGUGUAGCGUCCUGGUCACGCGUCAAACUUUGCAGCCAGGUCUGUUGCCUUGCCGAGCUUAGAUCCAGCGUUCUGUAGGGUUUAGCGUAUGUAUGCUUAGUGUUAUAGACUUUUUACUUGGCUGUUUUGUGUCUUUAAUGAUGUAGUUUGUUAGGAGAACAGACACGGUUCUGUUACUGGUCUAUUUAAAAUCGCCUUUUCAUCAACAUGUUUGAGGCCUGUUUAGUGUUAAAGGUGAAUGAUCUUUAGUAAAUUAAUUUCUUUAAUUUAUUUUAACGUAUUUAUAGAGGAUUUUGAGUUGUUAAUGCUUGUAUCAAGUUUAAUAUAUUUGGGUUUGCUUUUUUGUACUGGAAAUAAAGUUUUGUUUUUUUUUUU